AUGGCCGCUGACGAGUUCCAUCUCUUUUCCACGUUGCGAUACGAUCCCCAAUUGACCGACGUCCCGCAACAGGGACCCCAACAUGCCGGGUGGAAUUAUGACAACAAGUCGCCUAUAUACAUGCUCGACCACCACCGCGAUAGGUUAUUAAAGGCCGCGUCGCAUUGGGGUUGGGAGCGGGCUGUCCAAACGCUUGAGGGUCCUGCCGGUCUCGAGUCGCUGGCGGACGGGCUCGAGGAUUUCGUAGGCCCCGACCAGUCGAGCCCUCUACGACUUAAGAUACUUGUCGACCGUCAUGGCCAGGUUACGUUCGAAAAGGCCGAUACGCCAAGAGUGCCGAUAAGACAGCUCUUUCCCACCCGACUGCCCGCACCCCGGGAGAGACCGCAUUCGCCUGGAGGAGAGCCUCCAAAAGUACAGGCGCAGUGUUAUGCCCUUGUUCUGGAUGGCGCCAAGACUGUUCGAUCAGAGUAUACACACUUUAAGACAACGCAUCGGCCAAUGUACGACGGAGCGCGUCAACGUGCCAACAUCUCCCCCGCAGACCUGAAGGAGGUUCUGACCGUUAGCCCGGACGGAUCUGUCAUGGAGGCGAGCAUCACCACGCCGUACUUCUGGAGGAAGGGACGGUGGGUUACGCCGCCGGUAUCAGAUGGCUACAGCGACAUUGAUGGCAGCGGCGGCCAAGAGGGAACCUCGCGACGAUGGGCUCUGGAGCGGUGA